GUUUGUUGUGACAGUUUCUUCGGUGAAUUCCAUGCGAGUGGAAACGUUGUGUGACUUCUCUCUCAAUUUUCGCGGAAAAUCUGUGUAAAAAAAUCACUAAAGUGUGUGAAAAAGGUUCUCAGGGAUAAAAUGAAUGACCCCAAUAAGAAAAUCGAUGUCAACAUAUCGUCGCUUCUCAGCCUCAAGGCAGAGCUUCUCCGGAAGCAGCAGGAAGUUAAUCUGGCCAAGGGGCAGCAGUCGAUUGAGACAUUCGUGCCAAAAAAUUUUCCUAAAUCCGAGAAGGCUUCCAACAAAAGUGGAAAAAGUGAAAUUGAGUCAAAAACAACGGAAGUGGAAGAUUUUGAAAUGAUGAACAAAUCCAAACGGAUUCUCGAAGCCAAGAGUAAGUUCUACGAUAGAAUGAGUGCUUCUGGUGGGUUUGUUAAUUCCGAUGACAAUUGUCUGGUGAUGUUUAACAAGAAGAAACAGGAUGAAAAGUGUGAGAAGGGGCAGAGUUCUUCGUCUUCUGAUGAAGAUGAGGCUGCUGAGCUCCAUGGAGAUUACAAAAGUGAUGAUCCCCAAGAGGAUUGGGUAGAGUACACAGACUGUUUGGGUAGGACAAGAAAGUGCCUCAGAAAGGAUUUGGAAUUCUUCAAGAAAAAAGAUUCAUCAUUGGCUGAAAAUCUUCAGGAGAGAUUGACCAAGAGGGAAGAACCACAGUGGAUAAUUGAUCGUCAAGGAGACCAUGAGGACAAAGGGGCGGAAAGAACGACAGACCAUGAAGAACCAGAGGAAGAGGAGGAAGAUGACCUACUAAAGACUGGGAGAAAAUUGCAGCAAAUGCGAGAGGAGUGGGAAAGGAAAGAGUCAGAGAAUAUUAGGAAGGAAUACGUCCAUUAUCAAGAUGUGCUCUUCGAUGAGGCAAGAACUCAUGGUGUUGGCUACUACCAAUUCUCCACGGAUGAAGAGGAGCGAGCGAAGCAGCAGAAGGAACUCGAGAUUCAGCGUCUAGCAACGCUGUCUGCCCAGAAAGAGAGAGAUGAACAACGAAAGGCACGCGAUAAAAUAAUCAAGGAGCGUGUGAGAGCUGCAAAGAAUCGUCAGAGAGCUCGACUUGGACUGCCACCUCUGGAUCCGGAAGAGGAGGAGAAAGCUGAAGAGGAAAAUGAGGAGAUCAUCAAGAAGCGGCAAGAGGAGGAGGAAGUGAAGCGAAGGAAGGAGGAGGAAGAGAAAAUCAAAGAAUCAGAGAGACAGCAAUAUGUCAGACCGUGGGAUAAGGACAAGAUUCCAGAAGAUGAACCAAAGGAGUGGGAAUACAAGCAAGAACGUGAACCUAUGAGUCAGGAGCAAUGGGUGGAGUUGAAGCGACAGGAAAGACCGCAGGAAUUUGCUCCAAUUGUCGUAGAAGGUCCUAGCUAUGGAAAUGUUCCUUCGCAGCCGGACUAUCAGAGUGAUGAGUAUGUCGAGGAGAGCAAACAAUUGUUCUUUACGUCAAAGAAGAAGCCACAGCAGUUCAAGAAGAGAAAUUACAUUGCUGAACCACCUUCUGUGCCCAUUCGAAAUGAGCUCAGUGAUGACAGCGAUGAUGGCGGCAAACAAAAGGGGACUGAAAUUGCUCCUCCAGCAACAUAUGAGUAUUAUGGUCCGAGUUCCAGCAAGCAAUCUCGUCCGGGGAUGUCACAGCUCGAUCUUGAGCGUUCCAUUGAGGCAGGACUGAAAUUUCUCAGGGAUCAAAGUAGCAAGGGUGGGAAUAAAAACAAGUGGGCAGCUAAUUCUGAUUACUGAUUGGAAAGACAAGGAUUAAUCCUAUUAAUUCAAUAAAUUUUGAAAUAAAGAUAAAAACGAUAAAAA